AUGAAGGCGCUCAUGUUAUCAGGUAGCAACCUGCCUACAUUGCAUAAUGUGAGCCAUUUGGAGUUUCUGUCGAAGUUUCUAUCGAACCGAAUCAGAAUUGUGCCUAACGUAGCUCUCGCCUUAAGAGAGUUUCUGUUGAACCAAAUCAAAAGUGUGAUUAACAUACGAGCUCUCGACUUUGGAGAGGGCCUUGGAAGCAAGUGGGGAGUGGCGGAAUACAAGGGCAGUAUUUCCACAAUUAGCCACAACAUUUUUAAGAAAGCCAUAGUCCAAGAAGCCGAAGACAGGGUUUAUCAUAGAGAAAAGGAAGAGAAAGAUGGAAUCAACAGAUUACCGUACAAAGUGCUUUGCCACAUCCUAUCUUUUCUUCCAACAAAAUAUGCGGUGGGAACAUCCAUUUUAUCCACCACGUGGAAGAAUCUUUGGUCUUCAGUACCCAAUUUGGACUUUGAUGAUGAGUUAUUGUUACAUGGAAGAAGGCCUGGCAGUAAAUCAACACAAGAUUUGAGAGUGAGCUUCUCAAGUUUUGUGGAUAGAGUGCUUAAACUACACAACGCACCACGCAUACACAGGUUUCAUUUGAAAUGUGGUCAAGACUAUGAACCCUCACAGGUGAAUGCAUGGAUUUGCAGUGCAGUGUGGGGUAAAGUUCAAGAGCUUGAUCUCUGUUUCCCCAUGAGAAACUCUAAAUACUCUCUAUAUUGUGGCCUUUUUACAUCUGCAUCACUGGUGUACCUUAAACUAGGAACAAAAUUUGUGCUCAAUGUUCCUGCUUCCGUAUUUUUACUAAGUCUCAGAACCCUCCAUCUGAAUUCCAUUGAAUUUUCAGAUGAUGACUCAACUCAUAACGUUUGA